CAUAAACAAAAGUUCAUUGUUUUAUUUCCAACAUGUUACGCCUCUGGUCAACUAGCAUUGGUGUCAGAAUGGAACACAAUUUCCUGCGAUGUUACGAGCGUCCUCUCUUUAUACCUAGUCUAAGCUGAUAACAAUCCAAAACUCUUUGUCAAAGUGACAUUUAAAAAAUGUCAAGAAGUUCUGCAAAAACAAGAAGUGACGGUGAUGCUGAUUCUCCUUAUACAGAUAUUACUGCGAACGCUUGCUCCUCCUCAUAUCGAAGUAAAAAAGAUUUAGAAGGUGGACCAUACGGAGAUAUACCGCCCGAUUCGAAUAGACAAGGUAUUUACAAAGACUACGUCGUAUUUAUGUUACAAGACAACGAAUGCUCCACGGAAACAUCAGAUUAUAGCGACAAUGACGAGAAAGAAUUGUACAGUUUAAGAAACGAAUAUUUGCAAAAGUUGAACAUUGUUAGAAAGAGGUUGAACUUAGCGGAAAUAUCAGACGAUGGUGAUAAAUAUUUUGCAAGGAAAUGUACCAUUACAGAAAUAAUCGAAGAAGAUGGUCAGAAUGUACCUGCAAGUGAAAAUAAUUCCAAAAAAACAGAAACAAAAAAACCUGACAUUAGCUGCUUUCAGAAUCACUUAGAAUCCGAAAAACGCAUCAUUUCAAAAACAGCAGACAAAAUACCGCAACAACCUGAUACUGAUCCUAAUUCCAAUUGUUCACCACAAAAGCAAGAAUCAAGGCAGACUUCGAGACAAUCUUCGUCAAGACGAACUUCUUCGAGCAGCGUUGAAAUUCAAACCCUACAUCCUUUCUCCAUAUGUUACAACAAAAUAGACGCAGACUCACUGUCUAAUUUAUUAGAAUUAGAAUAUAAUCCACCAAAAAAAAAGUCCUGCUUCAGAUUACAUACACCUAAACUGCCAUCUGCUUCAGAAAGUAACAUACCUUAUCACACCAAAGUCAGCUUGCAUGAUGGUUUAUUUAAAAAACCGUCAGAGAAAAAAGUCAAAGAACCUUCCGAGACGCAAUUAAGUAGAGAUCUUAUAGAAAAAUUCACGGUGACCAGAGAGAUUCAAUGCAACGAAAAAGAAUUAGACGGUAUUGAAGAGGUUAAAAAAAUUACGCAUAAACAAAAUAUCCAAAGUUCUCGCUCUAAUAAAUCUGGCAAGCCAGAAAGUUGUUCCACCCCAUCUCCUAGAAAUUACAAUCUUUUUCCUGAAGUUAUAGUAAAAUAUCAAUCCCCUAGACAAAUCGUUUUAUCUUCAAACUAUUCCGACAUUUCAUCUAGCCCUGGAGAUAGAAAACAGAAUAAAAACACCAACGUUAACCAUCCAAAUUACAUAGAGGAUUCUUCUGGGGAAAGUUAUAGUACGGCUACAACCAGUACAACUAUCCUAAAUGAAUCGCAAAAUAAGAAAAAAGAUUUUAUCAAAGGAAAAAUGGAGUCUAAGAUCAAACAUCAACCGUUAAGUAAUAUGUGGCACGAUUUGAGACACUUAAAUGUAGAAAAACUAAACGAAGUUGACGCUGUACUCAAAGAGAAAACACCUAAGGAGGAUUUGAAGAAAAGGAGUUUUGUACAGUAUAUAACUUAUAGGAAAGACAAGAGAAGAGCGAAAUCAUCCCCGAUCAAAGUCAAAACCCCGGUACCCUACGGCCCGGUGAUUCUACACGACUACGAGAAAUCCCAAAACGUAGACGGCAAAUUUUAUUUUUUUAAUUCCACCUCCUCCGAUGAGGAGAGGUACGUCCGCGAACUGUACAUGGGCAAAUUCGAUACACCUCGCGCCUUGGCGGACAAAAAAGUAGACAACAGGAAGUCCUGGAGCGGAUUGUUAUCUUGUUUCGAAUCGCUAUUUUCAAUUUUUAAACGAAGAAGUAAUAAAAAUAUAAGUACAAAAUAAGUGAAUUUAUAGAAAUAGGUUUUAAUUCAACAAUUUUAAAAUAAGG